AUGAAUACAAAACGCUACAUCGUAAUCGUUUGCAAAUUGCGCGUCAUGCUCUUAUUUCGACGUUCCGCAUUUAACGAACCGCAGCGGCGCGCCCGAAAGCGAUACGCAUCAAAAUUAGAUCCGAAAUCCGCAACGUCACCGCCCGAAUCCGCUCGGACGCGGCGUCAAAGGGCGAGCGCGGACCUUUACGGUGCAAAUUACGCCGCGGCGAUCCGUCAAAACGCAUCGGAACGAAAUCAUCGAUUCAUCGCGAAUCGAUUCGUCCGCGAGUGCGCGACCACCUGCGUUUCGCGGGCAACGGACCCGUAUCUCGUUACAUCGACACCUCGAACGAUAUUACACACAAUUACCCGCGGGAUCGGCGCGGCGAAAUCGAUUUUAAGAUCGAUGUUUCGC